GCAACGACCCGACCGCGGGUUUUUUACGACUUUCCAUAGUGCGGGAGCGGGCCAUUGCGAAACCUGGAACUCCUUGCUAAACAGAAAAGCAUGGGAAGCUGGUCCGAAGUUCUGAAAACCCGGAUAUCGCGACAUGGACGCCUCCACGCAGGCCGGUAAAAUGGUCGACUUCGAGUGGCUCACCCGGAAGUCACUCAUUCCAGGACGUACGGAUGAUUUGUUCGUCGAAUAUGACUUUUUGUUCGUGGAGGUUUGCACACGGUGGAUGAGUGCGGAAGCCACGCCUGAGCUGGAGCUUGCCGCUUUUGGAAGAAUAUUACCUCUUGCGCCUCAUCUUGCUGAGCAUGCGGAGCGCCUCGCUAGGUCGCCACAAGUGCCUUUCCUGGGAUCUCAACAGGCUGGGAUCAAGAGACGGGAUGUUGGCGACGUAUCGGAGGAGGACUUGUGCGAGGCUUUGCUUGGUUGGUUUCGCCUAAUGAGCUUCGACUGUCGGAAUUUCGCAAAGCAUAUGCGACCAGCCACAAUGGAACAGCUUUUCCAGCACCCGAACCGGUGUGUACGGUAUCUGGCUGUCAGGAACUUUGGCCUGUACGUGCAUUCUGCCGACCAUGCAACGCAAGAGAUGAUCAAGAGAGUGGUAGGGGAAGAUGAAGUCGAGGGCCAGUGGGAAGGCCGAACGAUCGAUUACCGAUUCCUGUUGCUGUGGGAAGAGAAGAGAUGGAAGGAGCUCCAAACGAGACUACGGCAGAAUCGAUCCACAGAAGGGCGACAGGUUCCUCCAGCCCAAGCUCGCCAGCUUUCGCCUUAUACGGUCAACAUCAGUGGAGUGCUACUGCCACGUCUCGACGGUGCUCCAUCAAAGGAACGACCAAUGGAACUCAUAUCAACACCGACGACAGAGUCCAACCUCCAGGGCAUUGCGCAGGCUCUGCUAGGCUCGAGCCCUCUUCUGCUCACGGGUCUUGCAGGGUCCGGAAAGACGCUGCUCACGCGGCAUCUGGCGUGGCAACUGAACAAACUGGAUUCUAUGGUCACUCUUCAUUUGAAUGAACAGAGCGAUGCGAAGCUGCUUGUGGGCAUGUACGCAACUGGAGCGAAGCCUGGAACCUUUAGCUGGCGACCGGGAGUGCUCACCACAGCCGUCCGAGAAGGAAGAUGGAUCUUCAUCGAAGAUCUUGAUCGGGCGCCCAACGAGGUCGUCAGCACUUUGCUCCCUCUCAUCGAGCGCGGCGAGUUGCUCAUUCCCAGCAGGGGAGAAACCGUUCGGGCUGCGCGGGGCUUCCGGAUUAUUGCAACCAUGCGCAGCACGCUCAAUCCGCGCGGCCAGCAGAUCAUCCCACGCCAGAACAUGAUUGGCCACCGCUUCUGGAAAUCCAUCACUGUGUGUAUGCCUGGCCUGGACGAGUUUGAGAAGAUUGUUUCGGACAAGUACUCAGGCCUUGGCAAGCACGUCUCGGGUAUCAUGAGAGUAUAUGCUCGUCUCCUCGAGCUGUAUUCGGAUGCGAAAUUCUCCUCCGAAAAUGGCACGUCACUGCGAGCGCUGACGCCACGAGAUCUUCUCAAGUGGUGCGAUCGCAUCGCAGUCUUGCUAGCGCAGUCUUCUUCCUUCAGUAUUGCACAGCUGGACGACAUGUUCAUGGAAGCGUUCGACUGUUUUGCGGGUAGCUUGCGAAGCGAACAAGCUCGAGCACGUGUGAUGGCGUGUGUAGCAGAAGAGCUUCACAUCGACCCUCAGCGACGAGAUCAUCUGCUCUCAAAUCGAGAAGUGAAGCUCGAAGCUCCCGCUAAGAACACAACGUCUGGCGUCCUGAGGAUAGGUAGGACAAGACUGUCUCGACAUAAGAUCUCGAAACGGAACAUUACGAGCAGACCAUUCUCCACGAACGGCUACACGUUGCGGUUACUGGAGAAGAUUGCAGUAGCUGUCGAUCGCCAAGAGCCGCUGCUUCUUGUGGGUGAGACAGGUACAGGAAAAACAACGUGCAUCCAAUACCUAGCUGAGCAACUUGGAAGAAAUUUAGUGGCAUUCAACUUGUCGCAGCAGAGCGAGAGCGGUGACCUGCUGGGUGGUUACAAGCCUGUCAAUGUUCGCAGUCUUGUGAUCCCCAUGAAAGACGAAUUCGAUGUACUUUUCGACACCACCUUCUCGCGCAAGAAGAAUCAACGAUUUCUCGAGAUGCUCGGAAAACGUGUCGCGAAGGGCAACUGGAAGGGUGUCUGCACGCUCUGGCGAGAGGCUCUGAAGAUGGUGGAUGCCGCACGGAAAGCACACGAGUCGCAAACCUCGUCACCAGAUCCUGAUGGCGGCCAACCGAAGAAGAAACGCAAAGUUGACUCCUUGCCAGCUACGUUUCUAGGUUCCCGUUGGGAUAAGUUCGCGACAGAUCUGCACGAUCUCGAGGCACAGCUUGCGAAUGGCUCUGAGGCAUUUGCAUUCUCCUUUCUCGAAGGCAACAUUGUCAAGGCGGUCAGGAAUGGCGACUGGGUCCUACUCGACGAGAUCAACUUGGCAUCUUCAGACACGCUUGAAGCGCUUGCGGAUCUCUUAGGCGGAGGGCCAGAUGGCGAACCGUCAAUCUUGCUCACCGAAACGGGGAAUGUUGAACGUGUAGUAGCCCACCCGAACUUCAGAGUAUUCGCAGCAAUGAAUCCGGCAACCGACGUUGGUAAGAAGGACUUGCCUCCUGGCAUUCGAUCUCGAUUCACUGAGCUGUACGUUGAGAGCCCUGACGGUGACAAGAAGAGCUUGCAGAACAUCGUUGAGAAGUACCUUGGAGGCGAUCAGGUUGACCCGGCAAUUGUUCGCGUAUCCUCCGAUGUGACCAAGCUCUAUCUCAAGAUCCAGGAACUGGCUCGGGCGAAUAUGCUAGUCGAUGGCGCAGAUCAGAAGGCACAUUUUAGUCUUCGAACACUGACGCGGACGCUCUCAUAUGCCCGUGAGAUUGCGCCGUUGUGCACAUUACGCCGUGCGUUGUUUGAAGGCUUCCAUAUGAGCUUUCUGACGUUCCUUGGCAAAGCGUCGGAAGAUCUCGUAGCUCCGCUUAUCAAAGAGCACCUCUUCCCGCAAAAGUCAAUCAUGAAGUCUGAACUGGGAAAGCCAAUGUUGCAGCCAAGUGAUGGGAGGGGUUAUGUCCGGGAAGGUCACUACUGGCUCCGACAGGGCCUGCAGCCGGUCGAGGAGCAGACUCACUACAUUAUCACACCGUUCGUUCAACGGAACAUGAACAACCUCAUCCGAGCUUCUUCAACGCGCCGCUAUCCUGUUUUGAUCCAAGGCCCCACAUCUUCCGGAAAGACCAGCAUGAUUGAAUACCUUGCGAAGCGGUCAGGGAACAAGUUCGUGCGCAUCAACAAUCACGAGCACACUGAUCUGCAGGAAUAUCUAGGAUCUUACAUCUCAGGUGCUGACGGCAAGCUAACCUUCCAGGAGGGCAUCCUUGUAAGAGCGCUAAGGGAAGGCCACUGGAUCGUGCUAGACGAAUUGAACUUGGCGCCUACCGAUGUUUUGGAAGCUCUCAAUAGACUUCUGGACGACAACCGAGAACUAAUGAUACCGGAAACCCAAGAGGUAGUUCGACCCCACGAGGACUUCAUGCUUUUCGCAACACAGAAUCCUGCUGGCUUGUACGGUGGUCGAAAGGCCUUGUCUCGAGCCUUCCGCAAUCGUUUCCUUGAGCUCCACUUCGACGACAUCCCGGUAGAAGAACUGACAGAGAUCUUGCAUCGACGUACCAUGAUACCCGAAUCGUGGUGCAAGCGAAUCGUCAGCGUAUACCAAGAACUUUCUAUCCUGCGGCAAGAGAACCGGAUCUUCGAGCAAAAGAGUUUCGCAACACUUCGAGAUCUGUUCCGCUGGGCGCAACGCAAAGCCGACACAAUACAAGAUCUUGCGAACAACGGUUACAUGCUGCUUGCCGAGCGUGUCCGGAAAGAAGAAGAGCGAGUCGCUGUCAAGAAGAUCAUCGAGACAGUGAUGAGCAAAAAGGGGCCCAAGGUUGAGAUCCAGGUGGAAACCAUGUUCAGCGAGGAUUAUUCACCGGAGAUCAAGCUAUGCAAGGAGGUGACUGGCGCGGACGCCAGUGUCGUCUGGACGAAAGCGAUGCGGCGACUGUUCGUAUUGGUAGCCCAUGCUAUCCGUAACAAUGAGCCUGUGCUGCUCGUUGGAGAGACAGGUUGUGGAAAGACUACCGUGUGUCAAAUGCUUGCGGAUGCUUUUGGCAGGCAACUGCACAUUCUGAACGCACAUCAAAACACGGAGACUGGCGAUCUGAUUGGUGCCCAGCGACCGAUACGAAACAGAGCCGCAGUCGAAGACCUCCUUUACCGGCAACUACAGGAAGCUUUGGGUCCUCAUCUUCAACUGCGAGAAGUAGCCCCGGGGUUGCGAGAGCUCCUUGAAGAGUACGACAGGUUUUUGGCCGAGCGGCCAGACGCACCCGAAUUGAUACCGGCAACUCACCGCGAAGAGAUUCAAGCCAACCGUAUCAAGGCUGCGGCAUUGUUCGAGUGGGCUGACGGAAGUCUGGUCCAUGCGAUGAAAAACGCACAAUAUUUUCUACUGGAUGAGAUCUCGCUUGCAGAUGACUCUGUGCUCGAACGCUUGAACAGUGUGCUCGAGUCAUCGCGAACCCUACUUCUUGCCGAGAAAGGCCCUGUGGACUCGCUGGUCACUGCAACCGAGGGCUUUCAGUUUCUCGCUACAAUGAAUCCCGGUGGUGACUAUGGCAAGAAAGAGCUGUCGCCUGCUCUUAGGAACCGUUUUACUGAGAUAUGGGUGCCCGCGCUGUCGGACGACGAGGACAUUACACAGAUCGUUCAAUCGAAGCUCAAGCCGAGCGCUGUGCAUUAUGCCAGAGAUCUUGUCUUGUUCUCAAAGUGGUUUAACAACAAGUACAAUACCUCUGCGGCAUCGUCUAUAUCGAUACGAGACACACUUGCCUGGGUCACCUUCAUCAACAACUCUCCAAGCGAUGCCCCGAUCUUUGCCAUCAUGCAUGGUGCGGCCAUGGUCUUCAUCGAUACUCUGGGUGCAAAUCCUGCGGGCCUGCUUGCCAUAUCUGCUGCUUCAAUCGACGAGGAGCGCAAAGCAUGCCUGGACCACUUGAGUGAGCUUGUUGGCGAGGACGUAUCCCCGAUGUACUUCGGUUCGAUUGCUAUCUCUUCAACACCGGAACUUCUUCAAAUGGGGCCAUUUUCGAUUCCAAAGUUUUCUGCAACCACUGCCGAGGACGUCAGCUUUUCGCUCGAAGCACCUACUACGAGGUCGAACGCCACCAGAGUCGUCCGUGCCUUGCAGUUAUCAAAACCGAUUUUGCUCGAAGGCAAUCCCGGUGUCGGUAAAACUACGCUGGUUACCGCUCUCGCCCGGGCGAUUGGAAAGCCUCUCACUAGGCUCAAUCUGUCCGAGCAGACAGAUUUGAUGGACCUGUUUGGAUCUGACGUACCCGUUGAGGGUGGUCAGGCUGGCACCUUCGCUUGGCGUGACGCGCCCUUCCUCAAGGCCAUGAAAAAUGGUGAUUGGGUGCUGCUUGAUGAGAUGAAUCUUGCGUCUCAGUCAGUGCUCGAAGGUCUUAACGCAGUGCUCGAUCACCGUGGCGAGGUCUACAUCUCAGAGCUCGACCAGAAGUUCCACAAGCAUCCUGACUUCCGGGUUUUUGCCGCACAGAACCCACACCACCAAGGCGGAGGGCGUAAGGGUCUUCCAGCAUCAUUCGUCAAUCGAUUCACGGUCGUUUACGCCGACGUGUUCCGACCCGAGGAUUUGUCGCUCAUCUGUCGCAAGGUCUUUCCUGGUAUUGCGGACGAAGAAGUCCAGAAAUUGAUCACCUUUGUUGCUGAGCUCGAUCAACAGGUUGUUACCCACCGUGCUUUUGGCAGUCUUGGUGCGCCAUGGGAAUUCAAUUUGCGAGAUACCCUUCGCUGGUUGCAACUGCUCACAUCCUCGCAAUUCUCUGGGACUGCGAGAGAUUUCCUAGACACUAUCUUUGUCCAGCGCUUCCGCUCAGAGACCGACCGAGUUCGACUGUUGAAACUCUUCGAGUCGAUAUAUGGGCAACAUGAGCCACGCGUCACGCUCUACCACAAUCUUUCGUUGUCGACAUUGCAGGUUGGACUUGGUCUGCUGUCCAGGGACCAUGCCAUCACACGGGCUGACCCUACUUUUACUCUUCGCAUCGCUCAGCUGGCGCCAAUGGAGGCACUCGUCGUCAGUAUAAGGCAAAACUGGCCUGUCAUACUGGUUGGGCCACCUGGAUCAGGAAAGACAUCGAUGAUCAACCAAGUCGCGUCGUUCGCUGGUGCGAGCAUGGUCACAUUCUCAAUGAACGCAGAUAUCGAUGCCAUGGAUCUGGUUGGCGGCUACGAACAGGUAGAUCCGUCACGAGAGCUUCACCGUUUCAUGUUGACGCUGGAAGACUUUACGCGGCGUGCACUUUCUUCCGCGACAAACCCAACAUUUGCUGCCACUAGACUGCUAGAGCUGCUCAGCAACUACGCUCUCUCUGAUACCCAGGAGAUACUAGUCCUUCUGCAAACUCUUGCCCAGGAGAAUCCCGCGUCCACAGAGCUGGCAAAGUACUGCCAAGAACUCGAAGUCCUUGUCAACACGCCCCAGCAAAUAGACGGAGCCCGCUUCCAAUGGGUCGACGGUAUUCUGAUUCAGGCUCUCCAGCAAGGCAAAUGGCUCGUCCUUGACAACGCGAACUUGUGUAGCAGCGCAGUUCUCGACCGUCUGAACUCCUUGCUCGAACCGAAUGGGUACCUCAGCAUCAACGAGCAUUCGACUGCCGAUGGUGAAGCCCGGAUGAUGAAGCCGCAUCCCGACUUCAGAAUCUUCAUGACCGUGGACCCGAGGUUCGGGGAGCUGAGUAGAGCUAUGCGAAACAGAGCUGUGGAGAUCUGUUUGUUGGGCGAAGAGGAAGUUGCAGUGAGUUCAGAGGGGGAGCCAGCGAUAGAGCACCCACUUGAGAGCAGGAUGUAUCGCUUCCGAGAGUUGUGCAACACCACUGCGACCGAAGUCACGCAGACGCAACUUGAGGACCUGUCAAUUGUGGAUACUGAUCUUCUCCAGAGUUUCGAGAAACAGGUCUCGAAAGGACUACUGACUAACCGUGGCAAUCAAUCGACCUUUGUUAAUGGCACCCCAGUCAUCAACACCACCUCGUCGAGUUUGCACGAACAGCUGCAAUUCCUCACAUCGAUUGCAGAUCCCCAAGCACGAUCCUUACAAAAGAAGCUUGCUGGAGACGAGAAACCCAGCUUGGCGCUCGCCCUGAUGUCGUACCACCCACUCAACAACGAGCUAAUCCUUCGCCAUAACAGUUCUUCCGAAGCCCUGUCAAGGUGGUACGGCUCGAUAUACGAAGUCCUGCUGGACUGCUUCAAGAUGCAGAAGGCCCUCGCGGCGCUUCCGUCCACUAAGUUUGAACGCCGAAAAGAACUGCAGAAGCUCCCAGCAUUCCUCUAUGCGUUCUGGCAGGGUAUGGCUUCCUGCAUCCAGGGCAUCACCCAGGGCGGCGAUGCCAUGGAUCUGCUCGACAUCGAAGGCUUGACACCAAAGCUCUUGCGCCAGCUCUUCUGGUCCUUCCACAGUCUGAUGACUGGCUCGAACUUUGAUCGUGCGACGUUCCAGACAUACCUGAAAAUGCUGUCCGAUGUAACCACAGGCUUCAACAAGGUUCCAGCGGCGGUUGCUGUCGAUUUGGGCAGCAAGCUGUCUAAGGAGGUGGCUAAGUUCGGCAGCGAGGUUCAACUGAGCAGCGGUCUAGGCAUGGAACACGUAUGGCGCUACUUCAAGCCUGACACGCCCAAGCAACAUGUCCAGCUUGCGGCUGUGCUUGCGCUGGAGAAACUGGCUGACAGACUGGAUGCGAUCAUGUGGAAGUCGCAUUUGAAGCUCGACGAAAUGAUACAGAUCCGCGAGCGUUUUGCCAGUUCCUCGGAGCUUGUCAGGACACAAGACGUGGAUGCUAAUGAGCUUGUUACGGCUCUUACCAAUGCUGUGCGCGAGCUUGAGGAGAGCAUCGGCGAGGACGACACCACUAUAACGCCUUACUUCGAGGCCGUUUUCGAAGGACUGUGCCAGCACCUUGAUAUCGCACAGAGCCUUAUACCGAAGAAUGACCGUAGGUAUAUCUCACCAAAUGCCGCAGUGCCUAUCGUACGCGCCAAAUCUUCAUUGCUCGCGAGGAGACCCACGAAGCUUGCUAAACUCGCGGAUGAGCCUAUGGAACAAACUAGUGCCUGGGGCAACAUGGAUCGCCUGUCUAGGUACAUUGGUUUACACAAACAGUCGAGCCAGCCAGUCGCCAUCGAGGGAUGUGUCCACACCGCUUUACUUUCUCAGCUACACGCCUCGGACGAAGUUCAGCUUGCUCAGCUCGAGCGCUUUGAAGCGGAGAUACAAGUGCUCGCGCAAGAGCUUGUUCUCGACUCGGAGCGCUUUACCAGCCACCAACAGGGCGCUUUGGACUGGCUCUAUCGCAAUACUCUCAACGGCCUUUAUGCGUCGCACUGCAUUGAUGUGAUAUCUACGGUCGAUCAGACCUCAUUGGAAUUUCACCCUACAGCAUCCAUAUCAGAGGCCUAUCUCGGAGCCCUGGCCCCGUUGCAACAGUGUUACCGCCACGCAAGUGCUGUCAACAAAAUCGACUCUCAGGCCUGGGUUCUACUUGGAUUGACCGGAUUGAACCUCUAUGUACCAAAUUACCCUCACGAUCCGGCGCUGCGGCCGAUGAUUGAGCGCAAUUUGUUCAACGAGGAAAGAAUUAGCCUUCUGGGUGCAUUGCAAAUGUUGCGUGAAUUCCAAGUUGGUUUCACGGGCCAAGACACCAGCUUCCGUAUACGCCAGACCGAGAACGCCAUCCGCGAUAUGGGAGAGGAGCCUCCUGUGCCUGCUAUCGUACGUCCCCAGGUAUCAGAACUUGAUGCUCUGCAGGGCGAGUUUUCGAAUCUGCUAAGUGUGAUCCGCCCACUGGCAACGGGGGGGAUGUCUGUCAAAGAGGCUGCUCAAGACAACACGCUCAAGCAAAACAUCUCGCAUAUCAUCCGGAGACUGGCUGAAGGCUACCGAAGUUACGACGAUAUUACUAGUCCUGCAAUAGGCUUCCUUGUGUGCCUUAGCAUCGGUUUAUCUUUGGGCGCAACUGAACAAGAAGAGGAGAACGAUGCCUCGAGAUCGCUUGCGUACAUCACCAAAUACACCCCGUUCUUUGGGUUUCACGUAUAUCAUACGCGCAACAUAAACUCCGAGAUCUUGAUCCAAGAUUGCGAAGCCGAACUAGCACAGAGACAGAACGCGGUCGACUUGAGGUGGCAUGCUCUGCAUUCUCUAGCUGUCAUCAAGGCUGUGGAUGCACCUUACCUGUCCGUCGACAAGCCGCGGCAGCUGAUUCACAAUCUCUUCUCGUCGUUCUAUAGCGAGUGGAAGAUUCAGCUCCAGAAAGACCAACACGAUGAAGCAAAGAACAGCAGCCUAUACACCUACCGUGGCGAAGACGAAGACGGUGACGAAGAAGACCGCUCGCUGUUCCCGGACUAUGAUGACGAGGAGUCGCUGCAAACAGGACACUCCUCCACCUCUCGUGAUCACGCUAUCCGGCUUGCCAAUAUGCAUGCAUUGAUCUUGCUCGGUAGCAGCAGCACCACGGACGGCAUCGAACGGCUUCUUGAUUGGUGUGCAAGAGAGAUGAGCAGAGUUGCUGAAGGCAAGGCAUACGGUAGUCGACACGAGCACGCCUUGCCCGCGAUAUACCUUGCGCUCGAGAAGAAGGCAGAUGCACUUGCUUCUUCUGGCCAAGGCAAGGCGUACAACUUUUACUUCGACGCCAACCUUCCAGAAGCCAAGCGGAUGAUGGCUUUGCUUCAUCGCAUCCAGAUCCGAUACCGACAGAUCCGCAACAUAUGGCCAGAACACGCCACACUGUCGGAAGUGUUGCGUACUUGCGACGAAGCGCUUGAGUUCAGACACGUCGAUCCGGUCGCAAAACUUAUCACGAAGUUGGAGAAACUCUACGGGUACAUGUACGAGUGGCAGCGCGUCGCGAGCAAGGAGUUCAGCACUGCACCACUGUUCGACGACCUUACAAGUCUACUUGUGAGCUGGCGCCAGCUCGAACUAACGACAUGGGCGCGCCUUUUCGACAUGGAGACCGCCAAGUGCCGCGAUAACGCCAACAGUUGGUUCUUCAUCGCCUAUGAGACCAUCAUCGCUGCAGCGGAUUCUAUCGAUAAUGAGCCUACUAUGAAGGUCUUCGCAAAGGAUCUGCUCAAGACGCUCGAAGGCUUCUUCUACGCGACAACACUAGGCCAAUACGAGCAGCGCAUCAAGCUUCUCCGACAACUUCAGGCCCACGUCGCAAUGCGGGCACAGGACAACUCGCUCUUCGAACCGCUCAGCACCGCGCUUGAGAAUUUCAUCUCGUACUUUUCCCGACUGCAGAAGCCGGUACUCGAAGCGCUCGUCAAGGGUCGCCAAAAGCUCGAGAAACAGGUCGUCGACGUGAUCAAGCUGGCUAGCUGGAAAGAUACAAAUAUCGAAGCCUUAAAGGCGAGUGCGAAGAACUCGCAUCGCAAGCUGAGCAGGUCGGUGAGGAAGUUCAGAGCGCUGCUGAACCAGCCUGUUUCCGGUAUCGUCAGUGCUGGGUUCCCAGAGGAGAUUAUUUCACCUGAGGCGAUCGAGAUGGGAGGAGUGGGCACCGCUGUUUCGCCCACUGCACUCGCGCUGUCUGACACGAGCGUGCAAAGCUGGAGCGCUCGUCCCACAAGAUUCAAGAACCUCGCAGUCACUGUGCCGUUGAUGAGAAAGUUGACAACACCUAACACCGAGGCAAUGGAUGGCGCCAUCUAUAUUGAAAGCUUCAUUGUCGACCUCGAGAGUUCCAUGGUUGAGCUGCAGAAAGCCACGCCCACUACCCUGACUGAAGAGACGAAAGUGGCUGUCCAACAUCUCAAGACACGUAAACGCAAGGUCUACGCUGAUACGAUGAAGGAACUUCGCCAGAUGGGCGUCAAGGCGAACUUAAGCACGGAUCAAUUGGCGCGACAGGAAGACCUUUCCACGGUACUCGCUGCUCUGCCUGUCGUCGGGGCGGGACAGACCGAGUUCUUCCUCCAUAAGGCGCUGAGCAUCAUGAAUGAGGUCCGGGGGAUUGCCAAGGAACACCACGGAGAUCUGACGGGCAAUGAUGUUACGAGGAGUAUCGGCUACCUCGAGGGCUUGCUGCAUACUUCGGUUCGACAACGUGGGUUCUUGAGCAAGGCAUCGAAUAUGCUAGCACAAGUAGAGGGCCCGAUUUCUAAAGCAGCUGAGUUCAGCUCGAUGCACGAACAGGAUAUUUUACGCGUCUCGAAAGCAAAGACAGAUGCUACCGCUACUGUACGACCCAGGCUCGCGUGGCUAUGCGCAAUGCUCGAUACAGGCGCACAGGUCGUUGCAGCACAAGCGAAACUUGGAAAAACUAACGAAGUGGAUGCCUUAGUGCUGGAGAUGCGAGAAUGGAGUGGACAACUUCGCCGGUCGGUGGACGACUUUGACAAGCUACCAGCUCUGCCUUCAAACAUAUGGUCCGAAGCUCACACGCAUCUCGAGCAGUCUGUCAAGACUCAAUUGGGUCACUUCCGCGAAAUCUUCAACACCUGGACGGAGCGCUUCCCCAUCUCUCGCACUGUCCUUCAGCAUGUCGAGAGCUUCUUGUUCAAUUACCCCGACGCCACUGCACAAGUUGUGUCAAGAGAGAAGCGCGUUACGAUAGAGUCGCAUGCAAAGGACAUCCUUGACACACUGGACUCCAUCCUUGGCUCCAUGCAAGAUGUCGAGAGUGCACUCAAGGAUCUACCCACCUCGAUCGAUGAUGCUGGCUGGCUUUUGAGGGAAGAAAAGGCUUUGACUGCCGCCAUUGAUGCACUCUACGCGCUUCACAUUAGCUCCUCGAUCAUAAAACUCCUGGACAUUGCCCACCUUGUCUCUGAAGAUGCCGAUCUGCGCGUCAUAGCCACGCUAUUCGCCACCAUCCAGCCUUUGCUGAACCAGUACCUCGCCUCCUACAAGUCACUCGUCGCCCGCUUUUCCGCACUGCACACCUCAACAGCGAAGCUCCUCCAUCGUCUUGCGAAAUCCUUCAUCCAAGUCGGCACCCAGGGCUUCUGCCAGCCGCCCGAGAAAUCCCACGACCAAGACGACAAGACCAAGGAUGAGAAGCUCGAAGACGGCACGGGUUUGGGUGCUGGCGAAGGUGCAGAAGACAUUUCGAAAGAUAUCGAAGACGACGAAGAUCUUGAAGAGCUUGCGCAAGAGAAGGGUGAAAGGGAAGGAAGCAUUGAAGACCAGGAAGAUGCCGUCGAUAUGGGUGAUAAGGAGAUGGAAGGCGAAGAUGGCGAGACCGCAGAGAAGGAAGAGAAGGGCGACGAAGAAGGUGAAGAAGGCGAGGAUGAUGUGCAGAGUGAGGUUGGUAGUGUGGACGACCUUGGGCCCAGCGCGGUGGAUGAGAAGAUGUGGGAUGAGGGUGGCAAGGAGGACGAUCUGAAGGAGAAGGAAGGCAAGGAGGAUGUUGGGACUGAGAACCAAGAUGAGCAGGUUGCUGCUGGCCAGGAGCAGAAGGAUGGGAAGGACGAUAAAGAUGAGAAGAAUGAGGAGAAAGAGGAAAAAGAGGGGGGCGAAGAGGAUGAGAUGGAAAUGGAAGGCGAGGACCAGGAGGAGAAUGUUGGUGUUGGCGAGACAGAGCAGAUGGAUCCGCAUGCGAAAGAGGAAGAGACGCUUGAACUUCCUGACGAGUUGAAUAUGGACGGCAAUGAGGACGAUGACGAAAAGGGGGACAACAACGAGGACAUGGACAUGGAUGACGAUUUUCCUGAGGAGGAUAUGGAAGCGGAGGCUGGUGUCCAGCCUGACACGGUUGAUGAAGAAAUCGGGCAAGAGCAAGAGGGCGAAGAAGAGAAGGACACCACAGGCCAUGUCGAAGAUGAGGAGAUGAAGGAAGGCGAAGAAGAGCAAGAGAGUGAAGAGGGACCCGAGGACGAUCCCGUCCCUCUGCCUGAUGAGACCGCACCAGAGGACAUGUCGCGUGAUACGAAGGACGAGCAUCAGCCUGAUCAGAACGCCGAGGCCGGUGCAGGUGCAGACGCCAACGAAGAAGCACACAAGAACCAACAGGAGCAAACUUCUGCCAGCGCUGCAAACCGCGACGAGGGCACUGAAGGGGAGUCGGCAGAGCAGCAAGAGACAACUGCUGACGACGGUACCCUCGGUCGAACCGCUCAGCCUGAUGCUGGUGGUCAUGGUGAACAGCCCGAAGAGUCUCCCGAGACGCAAUCUUUCAAGAAGCUGGGCGAUGUAUUGGAGAGGUGGUACAACCAGCAGAAGCAAAUUUCGGAAGCUCGCCAGAAGGAAGAGACGCAAGUGCAGCAGAUUGACAAGGAGGUCGACAUGGCCAAUGCUGACUUCGAGCAUCUUCAAGACGAGGAGGAGCAGGCUGACACACAAGCGUUGGGCACGGCGACUGAAGAGCAAGCAAAGGCUUUGGAUCACGAUAUGGCUAUGGCAGUUGAUGAAGAGGAGAAGACAGCUGCUCGACCCGAAGACACCGAAGAGCUACCCGAUGCCCAGCAGGAUGUCGACAUGCAGGAUAACCAACCCCCUCCGCCAGAAGAGCAAGAACCUCAGCAGCAGUCUACUACCGACGGCCGGCCUCAGGCCUUCGUCGGCGAGCAAAAGCCCUUUUUGAACGAAGAAGAUGCGGAUAUGGACGACGCUAUGCCUCUCGAGGAUGACGUAUCAGAUGGCUCUUCAGUCGACGAAGUUGAGACGAAGCUUGACCUUGUGCACCUCGACGACGUAUCCGCUCUCACACCGGAGAGCGCGCGUGCCCUCUGGCUCUCCCACGAAGCCUCCACGCACUCCCUCUCGCAACAACUCACCGAGUCGCUCCGCCUCAUCCUCGCGCCCACUCUCGCCACCAAGCUCCGCGGCGACUUCCGCACCGGCAAGCGCCUCAACCUCAAGCGCAUCAUCCCCUACAUCGCUUCGAGCUACAAACGCGACAAGAUCUGGCUGCGGCGCUCGCUCCCCUCCAAGCGUUCCUACCAAGUCAUGAUCGCGCUCGACGACUCCAAAUCUAUGGCCGAGUCUGGCGCCUCCAACCUCGCACUCAAGACGCUCACGCUCGUCGCGCGCAGCAUGGCGAUGCUUGAGGUGGGUGAGGUCGCGGUGACGGGCUUCGGCGACACCAUCAACGUCGCGCAUGACUUCGACAAGCCGUUUACCAGCGAGGCGGGCGUGCGCGUGUUCGAGCAGUUUGGCUUCGCCCAGCAGAAGACGGACGUGCGCGGACUGGUGCACAAAUCCCUGGACUUGUUUGCGGAGGCAAGACGGAAAGGAAGCAGUUCCGCCGGCGAGGACCUAUGGCAGCUCAUGCUCAUCGUGAGUGAUGGGAUUUGCGACUCCCAUGCGGAUAUCCAGCGGCUUGUGCGCCGCGCGCAGGAGGAGCGUGUGAUGAUUGUCUUCGUCAUCAUUGACUCUUCUGCCGGCGCCCCUGCUGCUGCGGCUGCGAAUGCACCUGAUGGCCAGCCCGAGGCGGAGAAGGAGAACAAGGGUAUCAUGGAUCUGCAGUCUGUGGAGAUCUCGCCUGAGGGUAAGGUUAUUAGGUGGAAGUAUAUGGAGCGCUUCCCGUUCCGGUAUUUCCUGGUCGUUAGAGAUGUGCGGGAGUUGCCCGGGGUGUUGUCCGGGGCGCUGAGGCAGUGGUUUGGGGAGGUUGUGGGGAGUGUUUGAUCGCUUUUGUAUCGCGAAUUUCGCAUUUCAGGCGUUUGAAGGGGUAAAAGUGUGCAUUUGUGGCGUUU